GGCAGGGCUCCGCAGCAAGAGUGGCAGCUGGACUUGCCAUGCUGCUAGGGACAGGGUGCAGAGCCGCAGUGCCGUAGCAGGCAGCAAAGGCAGCCUGCCCUUCCAGCAGCCUAGCCCCUAGCAGAGGCGGAAGCCCCGGGGGCCACCAACCCUGGAAACCGCCUGAUGUCCCCGCCCCAGAGAGGGCUGCACUGGGAGGACGCCCGGGCACCCGCUUCGGUCCCCUUGUGUCUCUCGGUUCCUCUUUCCUCCCAAGUAAGGGAAUAAGCGGCUAAGAGGGAGCGCCCCCGGCAAGCGCGCAACCAAGUGUUGCAUGGUGAGGAAUUGCCAGGAUUUCUGGAUUUACCUGGACUACAGCAGGCGUAUGUUGCCUGAGGAAUACAAGAAGUCUUUUGUCAGCUUCGAGCGCUGCCCAGAUCAACACUUGAGUGCUCUAGAAGUCUUCUGAAGACCUGAUCCAUUGCAUAUCUGCAAUGAGCCAGACCCUGAGCCCGGCCUCGACUUCUCCCUGGUGAACAGAACUCCACCCCUGGGUUCGGUUGACCACACUCAGCUGAAAGAUGAGUGAAGGACGAUGGGUCUCCCUCUCAUCAGAAGAAUUUGAUCAACUCCAGAAAUACUCCGAAUAUUCCUCCAAGAAAAUAAAAGAUGUGUUGGCUGAGUUUAAUGAAGGUGGAAGCCUCAAGCAAUAUGACCCACACAAGCCCAUUAGCUAUGAUGUCUUCAAGCUGUUCAUGAGGGCAUACCUGGAGGUGGACCUUCCUCAGCCACUGAGCACACACCUCUUCCUGGCCUUCAGCCAGAAGCCCAGACAGGAGACACCUGACCACCCAAAGGAGGGGGCCAGCAGUAGUGAGCCCAAUGUCUCAGAUUAUAAUGCAGAUAAUGGUGCCAAAGCAGAUGAGGCCUGCGCUCCAGACACUGAAUCAAAACUGCCUAACGACCUAGAGGCUGUAACCGCAUGGGAAGAUCCUGACGCUCUGUCUUCCAGCUCAGAUGCUCCCGUGGUGUACCUGAAGGAUGUUGUGUGUUACUUGUCCCUUCUGGAGACUGGGAGACCUCAGGAUAAGCUAGAAUUCAUGUUUCGUCUCUAUGAUUCUGAUGAAAAUGGACUCCUGGACCAAGCGGAGAUGGAUCAGAUUGUGACCCAAAUGCUGCAUAUCGCCCAGUACCUGGAGUGGGAUCCCACAGAGCUCAGGCCUAUAUUGAAGGAGAUGUUGCAAGGAAUGGACUACGACAAGGAUGGCUUUGUGUCUCUACAGGAGUGGGUCCAUGGGGGGAUGACCACCAUCCCAUUGCUGGUCCUCCUGGGAAUGGAUGACUCUUUGCCUCUACAGGGCUCCCAGGGGGACGGGAGGCAUGCCUGGACCCUGAAGCAUUUCAAGAAGCCCACUUACUGCAACUUCUGCCACAUCAUGCUGAUGGGUGUCCGGAAGCAAGGCCUGUGCUGCAUUUACUGUAAAUAUACUGUCCACCAACGCUGCGUUUCCAAAAACAUUCCUGGGUGCAUGAAAACAUACUCCAAAGCCAAAAGGAGUGGCGAGGUGAUGCAGCACGCGUGGGUGGAAGGGAACUCCUCCGUCAAGUGUGACCGGUGCCACAAAAGUAUCAAGUGCUACCAGAGUGUCACCGCGCGGCAUUGCGUGUGGUGCCGGAUGACGUUUCACCGCAAAUGUGAAUUAUCGACGGUGUGUGAUGGUGGGGAACUCAAAGACCACAUUUUGCUGCCUACCGCCAUUUGCCCAAUCACCCGAGACAGGCAAGGAGGGAAGUCCGAAGGCAGCGUGGCCCCCAAGGGCGAACUUGUAACGCAGUAUAAGAUCAUCCCUAGCCCAGGAACUCACCCCCUGCUGGUCUUGGUGAACCCCAAAAGUGGAGGGAGACAAGGAGAAAGAAUUCUCCGGAAAUUCCACUACCUACUCAACCCCAAACAAGUUUUCAACCUGGACAAUGGGGGGCCUACUCCAGGAUUGAACUUUUUCCAUGAUACCCCAGACUUCCGAGUUCUUGCCUGUGGUGGAGAUGGGACAGUUGGCUGGAUUCUGGAUUGCAUUGAUAAGGCCAACUUCACGAAGCACCCACCAGUGGCUGUCCUGCCUCUUGGAACAGGGAAUGACCUUGCGCGAUGUCUCCGCUGGGGAGGAGGUUACGAAGGGGGCAGCUUGACGAAAAUCCUAAAGGAAAUUGAGCAGAGCCCCUUGGUGAUGCUGGACCGUUGGUAUCUAGAAGUCAUCCCCAGAGAAGAGGUGGAGAAUGGAGACCAGGUCCCAUACAAUAUCAUGAACAACUACUUCUCCAUUGGUGUGGAUGCUUCCAUUGCGCACAGAUUCCACAUGAUGAGAGAGAGACACCCUGAAAAAUUCAACAGCAGGAUGAAGAACAAGCUGUGGUAUUUUGAAUUUGGUACCUCGGAGACCUUUGCAGCCACCUGUAAGAAACUCCAUGACCACAUAGAGCUGGAGUGUGACGGCGUUGAGGUGGACCUGAGCAAUAUCUUCCUGGAAGGCAUUGCCAUUCUGAACAUUCCCAGCAUGUACGGAGGCACCAAUCUCUGGGGAGAAACCAAGAAGAACCGGGCUGUGAUCCGGGAAAGCAGGAAGAGCGUCACAGACCCAAAGGAGCUGAAAUGCUGUGUCCAAGACCUCAGCGACCAGCUCCUUGAAGUGGUGGGUCUAGAAGGAGCCAUGGAAAUGGGACAGAUAUACACUGGCUUGAAGAGUGCCGGAAGAAGGCUGGCCCAGUGCUCCUCUGUCACCAUUAGGACUAACAAGCUUCUGCCAAUGCAAGUAGAUGGAGAGCCCUGGAUGCAGCCACGUUGCACGAUUAAAAUCACUCACAAAAACCAGGCACCUAUGAUGAUGGGGCCUCCCCAGAAGAGCAGUUUCUUUUCAUUGAGGAGGAAAAGUCGUUCAAAAGACUAAACAGUGUGCCAAACAAACACCAGCUCCACCAAGAAGAGAAAGCAGAAUCUACGCGCGCGCCCACACACACACACACACACACACACACACACACACACACACACACACCUGUAGCCAGAGGGAGCAAAGCCACCCUUCCAGACGAAAGUGUCAUCCUGCCAUAAAGUCUACCUAUUUUGAAAAUGGAUCCUCUCUUAACAGAGCCAAUACCCACGAAAUAUUUUGAAUGGACUCAGGGCCCACCAGGAUGGGUUGGCUCCUACAGCAACUUCCACAUUCCCACAGGCCUUGGGUAGACUUUGAGCCUGAAGGAGAAAUCCCCUUUCUUCUUCUCCACUCCUGUAAGGUUCCAGGCUGUAGGUUUCCUGCCUACAGUGAGAUCGGAUGUGGUCAAGGGAAAGAGCUCCAACCCAGAAAUUUUGCACAAAAGUCCUUCUGUAUGGAAACAAAACAGCCUCUAGCUCUCCAAGCAAAAACCCUUGGCAGGGCUCAGCCAGCACACGAUGGUUUCUUCCUUGUCCUCCCAGCAGCAGCUCCUCCCCUCACUUGCUGAGGAAAGCCGAGAGGCCACGGAAAACUGUUUCCAUUCUUGGGUCUCUCUGCUGUCCAUGGGCACUUGUUCGCUUCCUGAAGCAUCUCUUGGUGGCUGUUUGCUCAGAGAACAAACAAGGCUGCCUGGGCAGCGUACUUUAGAUGUGGUAUUUAUUUUCAUAGCUCCUAUGAACACCUGGGAGGGAAAGCUGAGAACGAGGACUUUAUUUUUCAGAUUGAUGUCAUAAUGUUAUGUAAAAAGGAAAGGAAAAACACCACUCCCAAUACUCCCCACCCCUCACUACCACACAAGUCAAAGUGUGUCUCUCAUUUGAAUCCCAAGCCCUAGUGGCAGAGAUGAUGAGAGGGAGGGGCUUUGCUGGGAAAACGACCAGCCAGCCUGUCAGGAGAUUACCUGUUUCUUUGCACUUUCCACUCUCAUGGUGUGACAGAAGGACCUGAGGUCUUAUAUAUGUACAUAUGUAGCAUAUGUGUUUAUAUAUAAUAUAUAAAUAUUUAUUUACUGCUGGACUUUUCCUCACUAGAAGUAAACAAAGAUAUUGUGGGAACAGAAAAUGGGAAGAAAACGGAAGGUCCCUACUCUCCCACCAUCAUUUGAUUGUAGAGACACAUUUCCCUGGCUGGUUGCAAGGUUGACAGGAGGGAUCUAGAUCUGGGAACAACCGUGAAACAAAUGCUGUUCAAGGCUCAUUCCCCCAUUGGUUGGUAAGAAAGUAGAGUUGUGUAAAAGUUAAAAGGCUUCUCCUUGGUGUCCGGGCUAAGGAAGUUUAACUGUGAAUGUUACUAAGAAGAUCAUUACCAUACAAAAGAACCCUCAUCUGGGAAUAGGGUCGUUUCUGGUAACCAAGAAGUGGUUGCACUUGGAUUCAGGUUGUCAGGGAAGAACUAUCAUAUAGCCUAUGCUUGGAACAAGCCCACACUUAGGCUACUUCCCAAGUUCUCAAUGGCUUGUCCUACAUGGAGAGAAGUUGGCCUGAAGUUGAAUGCCCCAGACAGAUCAUCUGAUUGAAUUCUUAUGUCACCUCAUCAUGGUCACCAGAUCAUCUUAACUUGGAAACAUUCCUGGCUACAGAUAUGACUUCAGUAAAGAGUUACCUUCUGUUAGAUGUUGACAACCAGGACAGAACAGUCUUGCCGUGUUCAGUGGGCUUCAUUCAGCUGGUGCCAGCAUCCCCCUCCUCUGUGGAGGGUACCUCUACACAGAGCAUCACUGAAGGCUCACCUGGGCCUUCAUCUCUGUCUCAGAUUUCUCAAGAGAAAACCUGGGCCCAACUGACAUCACUCUACUGAGCUCCCUCUAAUCUUGCAAUGGACAAGGAAGGGAACAUGAAGAAUGUGUACAAAGUGAGCCCACCUAUGAAGAAAGCCAUCAUCUAGAAUCCAGGACUAAGACUUGGGACUGCCCUGCUCAACCUAACAUGCUUCUGUUGAGCAAGUGGAAACCCAGGCCACCUAAAGAACAUACUGAUAGGAUGCUUGGGGAUGGGACCAACAUGUUCCCCAAUGGCAGCAGGUACUAUUUUGGAAGGCACUUGAUUCUGAAGCUGAUGCAGGUUCAGCUUCAGGACCAUUGAUUCAAAUAGAAGUGAUCGUAUGUGUUUCAACCCCAAGAUCGCAGGUUGAGACGGCACCAUCAAUAGAUGAAAUGGAUUCCCAGAGACUCCCUGCAGAGGUUGAACGUUACAUGAGAGACCCAGCCCAAUCCUUUAAGAGGCACAGAGUACAAAACGCCAUGGCAUUGCACUUCUUAUUUGCUAAUCUUAGUAAGUCUUGUGUUGCUGUUUAAUCUUACCUUACAAGUCAUCUUUUAAACACCCUGACUGGUGUUUCUUAUUGUGUAGUGCAUCAUCCUAGUGACCCCCCACUCCAAGCUCUUAGCCAACAAAUAUUAUCAUUUCCAUCCUACUGAGAAUGGGACUUUCUGGUGUUUUGGUGGCUUCCUAAAGCUACACAGUCAGGGGAGAGCCUGGUCUCUUCUGUGCUGCCCUGCUUGGAUUCUUUCCAUGCUGCAGACAUGUUUUCACCUGCCUUCAUGCUUCCACCCCACUAGCAAUAAAAACAGUGAAAUCA